AUGAAGGAUUUCUUAAUUAAGAGAGGGGUGAAAAUUCAAGACAUUUUGAAUGUGUGUCCGUGGUGUAAUAGGGAACAGGAGAGGGCGGAUCAUGUGUUCUUUAAUUGCAAUUUUAUUGCAGGGUUUUCGAAGAGGAUCUUCAAUUGGUGGGACAUUGGCUGGAAAGUGGUGAGCAACUUUGAAGAAUUUUACUCGUUAUGCUUCAAGGCGAAGAUUCUUGGUUCUUGUAAAAGUCUGUGGUUGAUUGCAAUUGUGGCUUCCUGUUGGUCUAUUUGGCUUGCAAGGAAUGAGAUGGUGUUUGAAAAUAAAGUGUUGUCGAUGGAUACUUUGAUCUUCCACUCCAAGAUGACGGCAUUAUUGUGGGUCAGGGCUGCUGUCAAAGAGUGCCGGAUUCAAGAGAGAUUAUGGUGGUUUUGUCUGUAUAAGUGCAGUUUUUCUAAAUCGGCUUCAACAGGUUGGAGUUUUCCUCCACAUGGAUGGCUGAAAUUUAAUGUUAGUGGAGUUGCUUUUGUGGGUGCAUUUGGCGGUGGAGUGAUGAGAGAUGAGGAAGGUAUUGUUAGAGCUUUAUUCUCAGGGCCGAGUGAUGCCUGCGAUGCUGAGUCAACUGAAUUGGGAGCAAUUAUCAUAGCACUGGAUGUUUUUAUUGACAUAGGGUGGAAGGGAUCAGGUUCAUUAAUUGUUGAAAUGGGUACGAGGGUGGUCUAUAAUUGGAAUUUAGAUAAAUCAAGGAGACCUUAG